GAGCUUAUGAACGAGCCGUGGACAGGCCCCACACUACUGAGCCGUGCAGGUCAGUGAGGCAUCCCCUGCCACCUCGACAUCAGCAAAGGAUGAGUGGACAGCCCCAGCCGCAGCCACAGCCCAUCGAUGUUGACCAAGAGCCUGCGGCGGACAGCAAGAAGGAGGUCGACCCGAGCCCUGACAGCUCAUGUCAAGAGCGACAGCAGAUGCAGCAGGACGAUGAGGCCACAGACGGUGGUCGGGAGAGCGAGUCGGCUGCCAAGGCAUCAGCAGCAUCCGCCCUAGUCAAGGAGAAGCAAGCCAAGAAAGACGCCCCCAAACUACCACCGGAGCUCUCCAGCGGCCGCGUCGCCAGGGGACGAACCAGCAGACGGUCUCCAUGACGACAGACACACCGGCAUCCGCAUGCUC